UCCCAUAAUAUUAAAAACAAAACGUUUUUGAAUGAACAAGAUAGAAUAGUCGUUUUCAGUUAUAUUGUGUUAUGAACUUGGUGAAUUGCUUCUAUACAAGUCUAUUUUAAAUAUCAUUCUACAACAUAGAUAAACCCAGUUAUCAUCGUUGCAAUGACCGCUGAACUCACAGAAAUCAAAACAAAUACUGCCGCUGAUGCUGGUGAAGCAAAGGCCGCUGAGGUACGCAUCGAAGAUGAUGCCAGCGACUGUGGGUCCGAGGACAGCAUUCCUGAGCUUGAAGAUGCAGCCGGUGGCACAACACAAUUGGGUGGCGGUGCAACUGGCUUGCCAGUUGAUUUGGUCUCAAAGGCUAAGCAAUCGCGAGGUGAGAAAAAGGCUCGUAAAAUAAUGCUCAAGUUGGGAUUAAAGCAAAUUCAAGGCGUGAAUCGCGUAACAAUUCGCAAAUCGAAAAAUAUUCUAUUCGUGAUCAACAAUCCUGAUGUAUACAAAAACCCCCACAGUGAUACGUAUAUCGUGUUCGGGGAGGCAAAGAUUGAAGAUUUAUCACAACAAGCUCAAGUCGCAGCUGCUGAGAAAUUUAAGGCACCAGAAGCAGCAAGCAUUGCAGAGACACUGGGUACAACCACGUCAGUGGCACCGAUUGCUGAAGAGGACGAAGAAGAAAUAGAUGAGACUGGCGUGGAUGAGAAAGAUAUUGAACUUGUGAUUACACAAGCUAACACUACUCGAGCAAAGGCCAUUCGAGCGCUUAAAAAACAUAAUAACGAUAUCGUCAAUGCUAUCAUGGAACUAACUAUGAUUUAAACACGGCAAUAUGUUAAAAAGCCAACGUUGAAAUCAAUCGUAGAGAAGAGUACCCGCCUUACGAUAUAUUUGAAAUAAACUAUAAUACUACAGUCAAAACAUGUAGCGUAGAAGAAACUACCAAAUCAAGACAAAGUUGGAUACAAAUUAUGUUCUAUAAUUUCUCUUUCUAAAUUUGUCCGUUUGAAUGAUAUACAUUGAAUUGCAUUGCUUUAAAAACAACUGUUAAAGUAAAUCGAAUGCCAAAUAUUUUUGAAAAAUAAAAGCUGAAACAUCGUCUUGAUUUGUA